AUGAGUUUCGGAAGCCCCGGCGGUCGCGCAGUUAACAUCAAGCCCACUCCACCAGAGCGAGGCAGUUUCCCACUCGAUCACGAUGGAGAAUGCAAGUCGAUAAUAGCAGGGUACUUGAAGUGCCUCAAGUCUGCGAGCGGCGUCAACGACGAAGCAUGUCGAAGACUAGCAAAGAGCUACCUCAGCUGCCGAAUGGAGAAGAACCUGAUGGCACCGGACGAGUUUAAGAAUCUAGGGCUGGUGUUUGACGACGAGAAGCCAGCCGGACCAGCGGGAGACACACCAACAGACCCGGAUAAACCGCCGUUAAGCAGUAAGAAGUGA